CGGCCGUCUGUUUGGUAGAUGAUUAUCGUGUGUCUUUCUUUCCCGUACCAACCGACUGACGGACUGACUGACUGGCUGCUGGCUGGCUGCUCCACGUCCGUCGCGUCGUUCUUGACCAUCAUCGCUCGCAAUCGCAACGCAUCGUAGCGCGGCCGGCGUGAAAACUCCAUUCAGUUCGUCGGUCGCUACGGUGGCGUUCGGAAUGGAUUCGUGCUUCUUUCCGUCUAUCUCGUCGUAAAGGUUUUCAUUGCCCCGACCGGUUGGUGUUAUCAAUCUUUCGGACUCGGACGUCCGACGGUACGGUGCGGUGGUGUUGUGUCUGAUUUGAUCCGGUGUGUAGAUUUUCCGGCGCGAGUGUUUUUUUUUUUUUUUUUCGAAUUUUCUUCAGUUUAAAAGGACCGGGAGGUGGGUGAAUUUUUCCUCGUGAUCUUCGUAAUUUUCCAUCAUCAGAAGCAACAGAGGGGAAAGUUAAGUGAUGAUGCUCGUGCAAGAAUGAUCUGUUCUGACUACUGGGACUUAGAGAACAGAGUGUGUUUUUCGGAAAAAGAAGACUAUCAAACCUUUUGCCGUGCUGAAGGUGGCUGAAUUCGGAAUUUCGCUUAUCGUUUCCCCAUCGCAGAGUGGCUGAUAGUACAGAAGACGGCAACGAUACGAAGUGCUGCACAACACACGAGAGUGACGCAAACGAUGUGAUUAUUCGAGUUUUCUGAAGAUAGGACGACUUGAGCAUUUCAAGUGCCACACACCGCACUGGGUCUCACUGUGCCUGUGUCUAUACUAUAGGUACUGGUCAAUCGAAAGCAGAGUAAAUACGGCAGCAAAAAAACCGCGACAACCAACCGACAAUCGACAGGGAAUGUGUGAAUUGUUGCAGUAGUGUUUGAUAAAUGAUUCCCGCAACGGCGACGCGUCGGAAGUGAAAUGAUUCAAAUUUUCAAGGGCGGCGGCGGUGGCGCACACUGACCGGUGGCAGUGCUGUGAAGAUUCAAAUCGUCUGUGGCGGGCGCUCGCGGCUUGUUUUGGGAUUCAAUUUCGCGCGGGGCUCACGUGUGUGUGAUUGUAAGCGAGAAUUUAGGUUCCUGAAAUAACUCGAGAUAAGGACAUGGCGGCCGCGACUAGAUUAGCGACGUGGAAGAUGAAUCGUAGUUUCAGGAUGCAUAGUUUCAGUGAAAAUGUCUAUUGACUGUGAUAUGAUGCCGAGUGAUUCCAAAGCAAUUCGACUGGCAAGGAAAAUUCGUAAAAAGCAGUUACUACAUCGGCGCUUUGCCAGUCCAUCCCCCGACAUACAUAAAAUAUAUCGUGCAUUUCAUCCGUCUGGGUUGUGAUAAGAAGAAAGAAGAAACAACGGUCAGAAGAACCGGAAUGUUAUUGGAGAAUAUCGUGCUGAUAGCUAUUGAAUGAAUAUGUCAGUAGCACUGUUCGGUUUUUAUCAUUGAAGAAGGUACUGCACCCUCAACAAGUGUAUAGUGAGUGAAGGAUGGCCAAAUGGGAGAAGUUUAAUGUCAAAAUGAUUGAACAAAGUAUUUUUCUGCGGCAGCUUUUCUGCUGCCAUUGGUCGAGAAAACGAAAACCCGGGAAAAUCAUUCUCCACAUGGUUGCCACUGUGCUGCUGGUGAUUAUCGGUGCUUUGGUGCUGCCAACGGUCCGUGGCGAGUGUCGACGGCAAGAUGUUCGAGAGUGCGAGGCGAUAUGUGUUCCCAUCCCCUCGUUCGAGGGGGGUGUGAUGAAAAACAACUCCACUAGUGUCAGUGCCCAGCUGGAAACAAAUCAGUGGAAGUGUGAAUUGAGAAUAAUUGUGAUCUUACCGGCCAACACGAGUAUCGAAGCUUCGUCGCCCCGGGUUCAUCCGGUGCUACUGAAAGCCGAAGAUUAUAUCAGAGCUCAGCAAAUUAUCCCUUCGUCGGUGGCCAUACGGUGGAUCUUUUACGAUGACAAAUGUGACCAGGCCAGGGCUACCGUCUCUGCGAUGGACGGCACCGGCAGAGACUGUGGCCACGUCAUUCUUGGGCCAGCCUGCGAUCUAUCCUUGGCACCUGUGGCGCGCAUCGGGCGGUUCAUCUACAACGACGGCAUACCUGUGAUAACUGGCGCCGGCUACACGUUCGACUUCGAGCAGAACAAGACACGCUGCGAGGAUGAAUUCUAUCUGCUCAUUCGCACCGGGUGGCUGAGCUUUCAACGAAUUGCGUACUUUAUGAUCGAUCUGCUGAAACACUUCAAAUGGAACCGCGUGGUCUAUUUCUACGAACGGCACGGUUACUUCAAUGUCGCUGGUCCGCAAACCGGUCAUCUGGUGCUGAGCACCAUGGCCGAGUUCUUCCGGCGAGAAAACAUCACCUAUCUGCCGUUUUCAACCGAUUCAACACGAACCAACUUCACCGAAAGCCUGAAGGAGAAGGUUGGCCUCAGCCAUUCAAGUGAGUACCAAUUAACGUAAAACCCGACAACCAAUUCGUUACGCAGCAUCAUCGCAGGUAAAAUCACGUCACUCCGUUUUUUAGAAAGAAAAAUAAUUACCCCUUGCUCGAAGCACUAAUC